CUAUUAGAUCAGAUGAGAGCUAUGGCGAGGAACGGGUUGGUUCUCUGUUUGGUUGGAUUCCUCCCUCUAAUACAGGGCUGGUAUCAGAACCAAAAUCAAAAUGUGAACAUCAAUACGAAUUCCGUGGAGCCUUUUGUUUUCGUUAGUCAUUCUAAUGCAGCUUCAUACCCAAACACAAAUGUUGUUACCCACACUCAAGGAACGCAUGAUACCCAUGUCAGAUUGAAUUUCCAUGCACCGAUCAGCAAUACCUUCACUCCAACUCUUAACAUAGGAGGAGGUGGUUGGGGCCCAGCUAAGGCACCAUCGGCUCCUCCCAAAACUGCAAAAGCACCGAAAAAGUCACCUACACCGAAGAAAUCACCCAAAAAGAUGAAGCUCCCCAAGAAGAAAGCACCAGCUCCACCAAAAGCCAAGAAUCCUGUUCCCCCUACCACCUUACCUCCAAUCCCGACAACGCCUCCACAAAAAGCCCCGAAAAAGGCUCCAAAGAAAAAAUCUGGAGGUUCUCCCAAGAAGAAGGCUUCAUAUCCGCCUCCAAAAGGUGGAUCACCAUACCCACCACAAAGACCGCAGUCCCACUUCGUUAAUAUUAAGUCUAUCAGAUAUCCAAGCAAUCAAGUGACCGUUAUAGGACAUCAAAAUGAAGUCCACACAGUGGCUGGGCUACGAAACAAUAUACAAUAUCAAAAGAAGGUGAUGCCACGACCAAGUCCUAACCCAAAUAUGCAAAUUUUGUUGAAUCUCUUGCAAAAAAUGAUUGUGAAAGUAAAUAAAAAGCCUGCUCCAACAACAACGACUACCACAACAGCAGCCCCUGAAACAACCACAACAACAACUCAAGCAACGACCACUGAAGCCACCACUACCACCACCACAGAGGCUACCACAACCACAACCACUCCUGCUCUAACAACCACACCAGCUACCACCACAACCACUGCUGCUACAACUACAACAACUGCGCUUCCAUUCCCAACCUAUACAAUCCAGCCCAUCAACCAACAGUCUCUUUUGAUGGAGGCCUUACUCUCACAUAUGUUAGAGCCUAGUGCUGGCAGUUCGGCUUCUCUGAACUACAUAGGAAAUACGGGAAAACAGAUAUCAUUGAACAGUGGAACGGCUUCACAGGGUAGUUCUUCUUCGCUAAGUAACUUUGGAUUAUCGUCCCAAGCUGCUACUGGCUCUCAGACCAACGUAGGACAGGGAUCUCAACUGGGAUUAGGAGCUGGAUUUGGAAACUCAGUGGCUCUUGAUGUAUAUGCUGCAGCAUUGGCCAAUCAGGCCACCUCACCCAACCCUCUGUUGGACCCCUUACAGCUACCUGGAGUCCUGUCAGGUUCGCCAGGAGGUGGCGCUAACACUGCUCCGGCCGACCUCGCCUGGCUACAAAACUACAUUCCACAGCUAGCACUUACCAAGCACGGAAAGGUUGCUGUUGUGAAGAAAUUGGCCAAUAAUAACAAAACAAAAGCUUUCAUAAGCAAGAAACUAUCAGUUUAGAACGGAUAAUUCAGAAUCAGUAUUAAAGAAAAGUGUGUAAAACGUUUGGAUGUAAGCGGAUGCAAGACUGUGUUUGUAUAUAUACCUCAGGAUACGACUUUAUGAUAUAAUUGUUCUUAAAUUAUUUCACUUUAAAUGUUAAUUUAUUUAUUGUAUUUUGUAAUAAAUAAUAAAUUA